CUCGACUGUCGCUUCUCUGCGUGCAUUUUGGCAAAGUUUCAGUCUUCUGGAUGGAGAGCAUCCAGUGGCAUCUGUUCAGUGAGCUGUGAGCUGCGGGCUGCAGGGCUUUUCACCACAUCUGAGGGAACGUUAUGAUCACCUUGUGCUAAAAAGCUGCACGGUCUACCUGUUCUGUUCACCUGGAGGAGCCCCGGAUGAGCGUCGGGAUGAACAGGGACGGAGACAAGAGCGCAAACACUGCGCUCCGGAGCCAGAAACAAACCAGGACGCACCAGCAACUUUAUGUUCAGAAAAAGAUGAAAGAUCCGUCUGUAAAAGAUGCCCAAACUUGCUCCUUGUCGAAAGACUCGCAGUCAGGUCAGUGCGACUCUGGGAAGGAAGUGAAGUCUGCGGGACUGCAGGGGAAACGGCCGGGGAAAGUGUCCUCAUGCGCCAACGCUGAAGGCCAGAGGAGCCCGGGCGCGCAGAGGAAACUGUCCGACGCCAGCAACGCUUCAGAGGACCUGAGCAAAGACUCCGGCUGCCUGUCCGGGAAACUCUCCUCCUCAGACAGCAGCUCAGAAAUGUCCGAUUGCCCCUCGGAGGGCAACAAGCACGACUCUCCAAGCUCCGACAACGAAUUAAGCUGGAUAGACGGGGGGGCUUACGUGAGCCCGGACAGCGAGAGGAAAGGCGAUGGCAAACCGCGCGUAAAGGCAGACAGAGACAGCUGCGCUCUCCAGCCUGAUGCUGCUGGAGGGGGUCUCAGUUUGUUCAACUCCUCGGGCUCCUUCAUGGAUCUCAUGAUGGGAAACACAACCGAUGAUCUUGUCAGAGAGGUGGAAGAUUUACGAUCAGAGAACGAGUACCUGAAAGAUGAGGUGGAGGAGCUUCGCUGUGAGAUGCUGGAGAUACGCGACAUGUUCCAGGAGGAGGAGGUGUACCAGCUGCAGGAGCUGCGGCUGCAGCUGGAGCAGGCCAACAAGACCUGUCGCAUCCUGCACUACCGCCUCCGCAAGGCCGAGCGCCGCAGCAUCCGGGUGGCUCAGACGGGACAGGUGGACGGGGAGCUGGUCAGGGGCUUGGAGCACGAUAUCAAGGUCGCAAAGAGUGUGUCCCUUCGACUGUACAACGAGCUGGAGGUGGUGCAGAAGAAGAAUUCCCAGUUGGAGUGGGAAAACAAGACUCUGCGGGAGAAGACGCAGGAGCUGGAAGUGGCCAAGCAGGUCUUACAGGCUGAGGUGGACAAAGCCAGAGAGAGUACUAUGAAGAAAAAAGGCAUCCGAUCGACAUCCAGUAAGGCUGAGAAGAGGCUCUCCCAGCACAUCGAGGAUGACAGCGCCGAUCUCAGGUGCCAACUCCACUUUGCCAGAGAGGAAUUAGCUCUUAUGUGCAAGAAGCUCACCAAGUUGGUAUCAGAGAGCGAGGCCAUGCGCGAGGAGCUAGCCAAGUACCACUCAGCCUACGGCGACAUAGACAUCGCCCAAUCACUUGAAGGCAAACAAAACUCCGCCCACGUCAGGGAGGCAGAGGUCAAGGUUCACCUGAGACUGGUGGAAGAGGAGGCCACACUCCUGAGUCGGCGCAUUGUUGAACUGGAGGUGGAGAACCGUGGACUGCGAGCGGAGAUGAGCGACCUGAGAGAGAAAAUGGGAAGAGGAGGAGGAGGAGGAGGAGGAGGAAGAGGGGAAGAGGAAGAGGAAGAACACCGGGAUGUGUUGGAGGAAAAUCUUUCAGCUUCCACACCAGUGAAGGACAGGGAGGGAAGUUUGAAAAUAGGAUGCACAAUGUACGAACAGAUACAGAACGAGGAAGCAGGAAAAGGUAAAAGUGAUGUCCAGACAUCUUUGCAUUGCAACCAGACACAGACAGAAGGGACGAUUGCUGCUUGUCAUAUUACUCGAGAAGGUCCUGUGGGAGGAGAGUGGGACCCUUCAGACAGUCCUGAGAGCGAUAACAACAAGAAUCUGGACCGCGGUCUCAAAGGAUUGACGGUAAAGGAAUAUGAAACUCUUCUAGCUCUCAGAGAUCAUUCCUGCAUUUUGAGUUCAGCCAUCCAGUUCCUGAUGACACCACCAAAAAAUGGCCACUGCUCAUCUCCCUCAUGUGCUUUCACUUCUCCGACUGAGGCGGACCUGAAUGAUAAGGCGCAGAAGAUGCUCCCGCCGGGGCCUUUGAGUGACGCUUUGGAUCUUCUACAGGCCAUGCUGUUGGCUUUCAUCAGGAGGGUGGAGAUGCUUCUAACAGGAGAAGAUUUAGGCAAACUCUCCAUUCACAAGGACGGACAUGUUUGGGAUUCCUGCACUUUCUCCUUUCUCUCUGGAGACUAUGCAGAUCACGACGUGGAUGCUCUAAAUAAGCAGGAGUGUGCAGAAGACCUCCGCACCACAGAGGUUAAGGAGAGAGAAAAGCAAAUGAGGCAAACAUCUUCCUUUCACGGGGACCUCAUAGACAGUUGCAGGGACCCAAAAAUGCAACUUUCCUUGCAGAUUCUGUGGAUCCUCCAUGAAUGGUGUCAAGUUAAAGGACCCGGGCCGGAGGGAAAAGAGGGUAAAGACAAAACCAUGUCUGUGCUGCAGGGGUUGUUGCAGGACCUCAGUGCACAGCUUCAGCAUGAGCAUACUGGAUUUGAAAGUGCAGCCAAGGCCAAGCAGGGGAAGGCAGCUGAGCGUGCCAUCAGUCGUGUCUUCCAGGAUGAAAAACACUCUGAUGCUGACAGAAUGUGCAGCUCAAAUGGAAAAAGACUUAGGCGACAGUUGUCGUCACGCCGCUGUACGAGGAAGAACUGGUGCUAUCUGAGUCAGGAGGCUGCCGAGGUGGACCAGGAAGACCCCGUUAAGACGUGGGACCAUCUGAUCAUGCCGCUUAACUUCCCUGAUCUUGACUUUGAGCAGAUGUCCUUGGAGAGAAGCCACACUGCUCCAGAGAAGUCGGCCUUCCGCAUCUACUACAGCCCCCCGUCAGCUCGCAGAGUCCAGCUGGCUCAGCUGAAGCAAAGCCCCAUCGCAGACAGAGAAUCCGUCACCACGGCCUCUCCCUGGUGCACGCCGCCGACCUCCUUUUCCCAGCUCUGUCUGGACUCAUCUGCUAAACUGAGCGAUGACAUGAAGGAAAUGACGGCCAGCUGGAGGCACAUGGUUCACGGCAAUUCACAGGAGAAGAGAGGGAGAUUACAGGGGCAGUGGGUGGACGUGGCCUGCUCAGGUACUCAAACCCACAUGAGGCCACAGAUGGUGAGUAUUGGUCUGCAGACGGACGGGACACACGGGUCAGUCGCCGUUAGAGGCAGUCCCUCCCGAGUCCUGAGCUCCUCCCUGGUCUCUGCUCGCUCUCACCACAUCUCCACCUCACUGGACGGGGUACCAAGCAAAGUGGAGAGGUCCAGAACCUCAACCUCCUCUCCUAAACUGUACAGGCGACAUUCUGCAUCUGGUGCAUCCUCUCCCCACUCAUCCACCAGUUUGAGCUCCCCCUCAUCCGCAUCCCCCUCUAGAGAUCGAGCUCUGUGGAACCUGAAUCACCAAAGCCACACCGGCCUAACAUGGACCCGACAAACCGGUCACAGAGCAGGCGCAGGACAGACCCACAGCUCUCUGGGCAGCACCAAGUCUCCCGGCAAAUCUGCAGGCGCCAACCGUUACGGCAUGGUCACAGAGUUCCUUCGCAGGGUGAGCGGCCGGGCGGAGAAAACCGGGGUACCGGGGUCGGGCCAGAAGACGAAGAGCGGUCUGAAGAACCUGGAACGCAUUCCGACGAGGCCUCCUGCCGCUCCGCUGCACAGGAACGACAGCGUGACCAGGAUCGUCAACCAGCGGUUCAUGAAGCAGAGAGAGGAGGCCAAUCGCGUGCAGAGAGACGAGAAGGGGAGCAGUCUGAACCGCAGCGCCCGACACAGCCCGAGUACCAGUACAGCAGAGGAGGGAAACUACGACUGCAGCUCCGGCGGCACCCUGACCUUCUGCUUCGCUCGCUCAUCUCGCUCCACCCAGAGACAAACGUCAAACCAGAGCAAACUCCACCGACACAGAUACUCGCCUCCGGCCAGCGUGGCUGCAGGCUCGCAGAGCUGUGAGUGAGUUGGGAGGAGCAGCAGCCGCACUGAUGCUUCUGGACAGCUGAGAGCCACAGGGGAGGAAUUUUAAGAUGUAAUGGUUAAACUGGGAGAGCUGGUAGACUGUAUGUGGGAUGUUUAGGAGAGCUAAUAGCUAGUUAGCCCAGUGCUUUUUUUUCUUUUGGUGCAAAACUCCUUUUACAGACAAUCUUGAUUCCAAUUUCUACAACUCACAAUGUCGCAGCCGCUUCAGUCGUAUUUACAAUUUAAACCUGAUUUUGCACUUAUAUUAAGAAGUAAUUUUAUAUUAUCUUUAUAUAGUAUUUUGUAGAGAAUAACUUCAUGUUUUAUUGAAUAAUAAAUGCUUAAGAUCUGGUAAACGUUA